CUCGCGAGAGCGUUUGGCGACACUUCCUGCACAAGCCCGCGCGCGCGCCGGCGCGCUCUCUGGUACUGUCAGCAGCCUGAACCAUGAGGGUCGUCACUUGGAAUAUAAAUGGCAUAAGAGCCUUUAAAAACGGGAUCAAAAAGGUGCUGGACUCCUUCGACGCGGAUAUCAUUUGCGUUCAAGAAACAAAAGUCACGCGCGAGCUGUUGGACGAAAGGACCGCCAUCGUAGACGGCUACAACUCCUACUUUGGCUUCAGUCGAGGGCGCAGUGGAUACUCGGGAGUUGCUACGUUUUGUAAAGACACUGCCACACCAUGUGCGGCAGAAGAAGGGCUGACUGGGCUCCUUGCCAACCAUGGAGAGGCUGUCGGGCGCUGUGGUGACCAGAGUGCAUUCUCCAAUGAAGAGCUACAAUCACUCGACGGUGAAGGAAGGGCUGUCAUCACCCAGCACAAGUUCAGGGGAGCAGAAGGAUCGGAGACUCUGACGGUCAUUAACGUGUACUGCCCACGUGCAGACCCUGAGAAGCCCGAGAGGAAGCUUUUCAAGCUGCGGUUCUACAAGCUCCUCCAGAGCAGAGCUGAAGCUCUCCUGGGUCCUCAGAGUCAUGUGAUCGUGUUGGGGGAUAUUAACACCUCUCAUCGACCUAUAGAUCACUGUGACCCAAAUGAUGUGGAUAAUUUUGAAGAUAAUCCUAGCAGAAGGUGGCUGGAUGGCUUCCUAUUUGGGUCAAUGGUAAAUGAGAAUGCAGAUGAGAUGGAUGAUUCUGAGAUAUCUGGUGGGAAGUUUGUGGACACGUUCCGCCAUUUCCAUUCGACGCGCCCCAACGCCUUCACCUGCUGGUCCGCGCGUACAGGCGCCAGGCAGACCAACUACGGCACGCGCAUCGACUACAUCUUUGCCAGCCGUGCGCUGGUAUCCACAAGCUUCCUGAAUGUGGAGAUCAUGCCAGAGGUGGAUGGUUCUGAUCACUGCCCUGUAUGGGCACAGCUAAGCUGUACCCUCACACCCAGUCCCAGGUGUCCUGCUCUGUGCACCCGCUACAUGCCAGAGUUUGCCGGGAGGCAGCAGAAAUUGUCCCGCUUUCUUGUGAAGGUUUCUGAGCAACGGGAGGUUUCCAAAGACACCGAGGGGCCUUUGCCUGGAUCUCAAGAAGCUGGGGAGAUUUCUGAGAACCUCAGUCCUCUAGUUGCAGGGAUUAACACUGCAAAGAAAAGACCUUCAGAUGGACUACCAGAGUCCUCUGUCUUCAAGGGGAAAAGAAGCAAGCAUGUUAAAACAGUGCCUAAACCUCAGGGAAGCCUCCUGGCUUUCUUUAAGCCUAAACAGAGCUCAGUGGACCCUGAAGAGAGUGGCUUGGAUAGUGAAAGAUCUGGGCCUGAGAUCUCCCACAAAGGCACACAAAAUGAUGUCAAUGACUGUAAUGCAAUGCACAGCAUGCAACCAGAGUGGCACACCAAGGUCAAAGAGGAAACAAAUAAUUGUAGGGUUACAGAGCCUAAAGCUGAAGGAUCAUGUCAGGAUCAGAGCCAAAGCAAUGCCACAGUCUAUCAAGAGAGUAGGGAUAAGAAAGUAAUGGGUCCUGACUUUUGGAAAGCAGUUUUACAUGGACCGCCCCAACCACCACUAUGUAAGGCGCACGGAGAGCCUUGUGUGUUGCGUACUGUGAAGAAAGCCGGGCAUAACUUGGGCCGGCAGUUUUUUGUAUGCGCCCGCCCUCAGGGUCAUGCCUCCAAUCCACAGGCUAGGUGCAAUUUCUUUGCCUGGGUGGAGAAAGGCAAGUAGAAGCCUCUGGGCUCCCCCAUGUAAAUACUGUACAUAUCAUGCGGUGGUGCUGAGUGCUGCAGGAAUGUAGAUUAUGCUUUUACUGUAGAAAUAAAAGGUGUUUAUGCUUGUA